AUGGCUCUACGUUUUCCUUUUCAUUAUCCAACAAGUCGUAUCGUUACCAUUUCAAAUCUUACUCCAUCACUCUUCGAUCAACUUCAUCGAGAACAUGGUGAAACACUCUCAUGUCCAUGUUCAACUAUUACCAUACCUUAUAAUACCUUCGUUACAAAUAAUGUCUCAUUUCAUCCUGUAUGUUCGAGCGUUUUUGUUAGUAAAGAAUGGAUUGAAGGAUUUUAUUUACCAGUAGCCAAUGCAUACUUGUUGGACGAUUUUCGAACAACGGCAUUUUCUCAAUUCGACUUGUUAGCUGCUCUUUGUUCAAUCUCGAACGAUAUCGUUUCAAAGGCACUAUUAGAUAUCCAGAAUAAUCAACUUGUUACAGUUGAACUUUUCGAAGAAGAAGAUAUUCAAUUGCAAGUAAAAGCCAUGGUUGAACUUGUUAAUGCCACCGCAUAUGUUCAAGUUACUACAUUUCUACAACUUGUCCAAAUGAUGUAUCGUUCCAAUACUCUCGUGUCUGCUUUUGGGACGAAUGCAGUUGUUCAUAUAGGCUUUUAUGCAGUAUAUAUUACUUCUACGUAUUACGUGGACCCAAACAAUAAUGGACCUAUCGGAGCAUACGCUUUAAGUUGCACUGAAAAGAUUAUGGUAACUCCAGCUGUUUUCUAUGCUCAACCAUUAGAUACGAACGUAGUUGAUCAUACAGAUUGGCCUAUUUACUACAUUACCGGCAGUGCUUAUACAGAUAUUUCUGCAAGCGUCGACGGAUUCUUCGGAGGAUGUUUUCCUCUGGAUUCUGUUCUUGCAAGUACACUUGAUUGUUCUAUUCUUUGUCUUCUUUUAUUUAAUUCACUCAAAAGUCAAACAAUUACAAUUAUUGAAAAAAAUCCAUCGUUAACUAAAUACAAUCAGUUACAAAUCUUAUAUCCAGAUACACUUACAUGCCCUUGUGCAAAUACUACAAUGCCUUAUGAGACAUUUGUUUCAUUGUCUCCCGUUUUUCAUCAACUAUGCUCAAGUGAUCUAAUUAGCGAAUCAUGGAUUUUAUUACUAUCGAAUAGCGGUCCGGAAGAUGUGGUUGGUAGUUCAUGGAUUAGUAAAGCGGCUCAGUACUUUGGAUUACUGUCCCGUAUUUGUCAACUAGCUAAUUUGACAGCUACCGACAAUAUUCGUGAUUUUUUCGCACGCACUUUUGUUACUUCCUAUGUACUUAUUGAAACAGACUUCAAUAUUCAAGUAAAUGCAACUGUCAAGCAACUGACCGAAUCAAUUGUGAUCAGUUUUAAUCUUUUCAAUAUUAUGACACGUCUUUUCAUUCAAGCUGAUCAGCCAAUAAUAGUAUCACAAUAUCCUCAAGUCGUACUGAAUUACAUAAAUACUACAGCUGGUACUAAUAAUUCACAAGCACUACAAUUUGCAUUUCGUUUCAAUACUAUUACAAAGAACCAGUUGGAAAAGAUAAUAUGUCACUGUGAUAUUGAUCCCAGUUGUCAAGGACCAAUUAGUUUCGCAAUUGUAACUACAAUUGGUCGUGUACCACUGCCUGGUAUUCAUUUUGGAACGCUCAGUAGUGAUUAUGUGGCACCUGGGUUGGUUAAUGCAUGUUACACUAUUGAUUUUGUUCUUCUAUCAACACUUCAAUGUUUCUACACCGAUUCCGAUUGUAUGAAUCAUCUUUUCUAUUAUAUAAACAAAACAUAUUCGUCGGCUGGAAAUGAUUCAAAUUUGUAUGCACAUCCAUUAAUAUAUAAUCAAACAUCAACUCGUUUUCCUCCAAAUACUUCAGUUUCAUCGAUAGUCGAAGAAAUGAUGAUUGAACAAUGGAAUACAUCAUUGUCAUUUUCUGAUUAUUAUGAAGCAUGUGCACCAACUUAUUGUACUUAUACUCAAAUAAAACAUACAGAAACUUUUAGCGAACUAUUAGUGACACUGAUUUCUACGGUGGGUGGUCUUGUUAUGGCAUUACGACUAAUUACAUUCCAACUCGUUAAGAUAAUUUUUGGUUUAUUUCAAAAAAAAACCGAAGAAACAACAACAAGCAUCAUCUUUGUCAUUUUAACUCUUUAUACACUUAUUCAACCACAAACAUUGACCAAAUCCUUUGCAGCACCAUCAUUAAAUUUCUAUCAGAAUCUAAUGAAUGAACAUAGUGAUGAACUUGAAUGUCCAUGUUCAUUGAUUUCAUCUCCAUACGAUGAAUAUCUUCAAAUUCAACCGAUAUUUCAUCAGAUUUGUUCAAGUGAUUUGAUUUCAAAUGAAUGGAGAUUAAAUAUCACAGCAAAUAUAAUUUCUAAUUUAUCUGCUUAUAAUCAAAGAGAUUAUCGUCUAUUUCUCUCUACUCAUUUACAAUUUUUAAAUGGAUUAUGUCAACUUUCGAUGCAAACAGUAAAUCAAUCUAUUCAACAAUCUUUGUCUUCAUUAAUGAUUACUAAGCAAUUAUUAUCAGAAGAGAAUUUUAAUUUACAUAUUAAUUCAAUGAUUAAUGAAGCAAAAUCCAAUGCUCCUUCAACAUUCAUUCGUCUACUUUCGUUACUUCAAGCUACAAAUCAUGGAAAUGCAAUUGUCUCAUCGUAUGGAACUAAUUAUCAAUACUUAGCUUCUGUUUAUAGUAUAUUUUCGACCACUUUAUAUACUCAAGCAAUGAUCUAUGAUAAUAACUGCUCAUGUCAAUUAAAUUCUACUUGUAUUAUUAAUGCUUCUUUUAUCGACAUGAAUUCGACACAAACUAUAACAAUUAAAGGUUUGAAAAUGGGUUGUACACCGAGUGAAUCAUUGUUGGCAUCAACUCUCGAAUGUUUUUAUGAUCAAUCAUGUAUUAAUCUUAUUCAAACAAUGACAGGAUAUAAUAAAAACAUCACUCCGAUUCCUCUCAACAUAACUAAUAGUCGAUUUCUAAUGAAUAUGACUGUGAUGAAUCUUAUCAAUGAUCUAUUUGUUGAAAAAUGGUCAACAAUAAUGAAUUAUUCAUCAUAUUUUUAUAAAUGUUCACCAAUGAUCUGUUCAUAUACAUAUAUUCAACAACUGAAUUCUUUCUAUACAUUGACUUAUUUUCUUGGUUUAUAUGGUGGUUUAACAAUCGUUCUCAAAUGGAUCUCUCCGAAAAUUGUUUAUUUUAUAAACAAAAUUUAUCAACGGCGAAAGAAAACAACCAACUCAAUCAAACCAAUAUCUACUAUUGAAAGUGAAACUAUCGAAAUAAUGGAUGCAAAUAAUAUCAAUAAUACCUCUGCUUCUUCACAAUCGUUACAGACGGUAUCAACACAUUCGAAAAAAUUAUUUUCGAUAUCAUCAAAUUAUUGGAUCUUUGGUUUAUUAGGAUUUAUACUUGUGACAAUAGGCAUUCUGAUUCCAUGUAUUUAUGUUCUUCAAGAAAAAAAGAAUCAUUCUACAUCGACAGGUACAAUAUCCUUAAUGGUUUUCAUCAUAGUGUAAUACGAGUGACAGAUAUAUGGGAGUGUCUGCUCACUUUUCAUUGAAUUUGGUCUAACUAGUGAAAUUUAUUCUAGUAUAAAACUUUUUCUAUGUCUAAAUGGACGAAUACUUGAAAUAAUAAGCUAACGAAAGAAGACCUGAUUUUCGUGCAAAGAUUUGUUUAGUUAGGAUAUUGUAUGUUAAAUCGAAAUAUUUACUGAAACCUUUGAUGAAAUAGAAAUGUACUCCUUGUUGAUUUCAAUUAUGUGUCUUUUAGAAUAAACAAAAUCAAUUGAUCGAACAAUUUCCAAAAUAUGAACAUUUUAUUCAUUAUAUAUUUUUUUUCAAUUCUUUGGAUGUAUCUCUAAAGUUUUAUCAUUUUAUUACAUUAUUUAAUUUUUGAAUAUUGUUUUCUGCUUCAUGUAAUUCGUUCUCAAUAAAUGCUUCUUCACUAUUUCAAACGUUAUCUAUUUAAUAUUUUGAUAUUUUCAAGGAAAAAUACUAAAAAUUAUUAGGGUAUGGGUGUAGAUUUCUUUUCACUAUUCGUCAGUCACACCAUACCCACCGGUACCCUCAUCCUUAGAUAAGUUAGUUUAAUGAAAUGACUUCUAAAUCCAAUCAAACUUACUUUCCAAGAUGAAUAUUCUUCCACUAUUUGGCGUGCGACUGCAAUUAUUCCGUUGACACAAUCGACAAGACUAAUCUUUGAAUGUCAUUAUUUUUCUUUAAAAAAUGCUUCAGUCAUUAUUCUACACAGAGACGUAUAUUUGAAAUAAAUUGCAAAAUCGAUUUUUAACUAUACAUAUUCACCCACUCAAGAUGAACGAUUUGUUCGGGGCAAAAAUGUUGUAGAGAAUGUACGCAAGAUGAGAAUUUAUUCUUGAUUACACUAAACUAAUGAAAUAUUGGUAUUCGCAUAUGAUGCUAAAUCUUAUUAGUCCAUCCAAUCAGCGUCAUGAUCAAUGGUAUUAUAGAGAUGAUCAGU